UGAUGUUUGUUUCGAUUUCAGAAUACAAGUGGUAUCCAAGGCAAUCUAAAGCCUUUCCUAGAUCCACAAUAAUGGCAGCCCACGUGGAUGUCAAGCGGGUUGUGGAGUCUAUAAAGGCGCUCAGGACCAUAGAGCGCAAGCACCAGACCAAAAAGUCUGUAAAGAAUAUUCUGGACGAGGACACGGCGCUGGAGCAUGACGUCUUUCUUCAGUUCACCCUGAAGAAGAUUCCCUACAACAAAAGCACGCAGUGGAUUAAGAUAAAUUUGCCACACAGCCUAGAAACUGACAAAUCGGAAAUUUGCCUCUUCACCGGUGAUCUCGACAAAAAGGACAAGCGCUCCGACCACGAGCUCACGGUGGAUCACUACAAGGAACUUCUGGCCGACGCCGGCAUCACGAGGAACGUUGAAAUCAUACCACUGCGCCAACUCAGGACAGAGUACACGCCGUACGAGAGCAAGCGCAACCUCUGCGCAGGCUACGAUGUCUUCCUGGGUGACAGCAAGAUAUUACCCCUGUUACAUCGUCUGCUUGGAAAGACUUUCUUUGCCAAGAACAAGUUACCAAGGCGCAUUGACCUGACUUCAAAGCAUCUCAGGCGCGACAUCGAGGGAGUGUUGUCCUCCACAGAGCUUCCACUUCGGGGAGAAGGAACAACCAGCACGGUGAAGGUGUGCAACCUGGCCAUGAGUGACACCGACGCUGCCGAGAACGUGAUGGCCGCCUGCGAGACGCUGGGCUGCCGCCUGCCCGGUGGCUGGCCCAACGUGCUCUCGCUGCACAUCAAGACGCAGAAGUCGCCUGGCCUGCCCCUCUACAUGUCAUUUAGUUCGCGCAAUGACAUUCGCCUGCCCAAACCACGGCAGCCAGACGACGAUGUGGAGGGGGACCUGACCACCAUCCCGGGCGCACGCGUCACGGUGAAGCGGUCUGGUCAAGUGACGCUUCACAAGGGUGCCAAAGACCUCACAGAUGAGACACUUGGUGACAAGAGACUCAGGCGCUUGCUCGAGAUCCAAGAACAAGGUGCCGAGGAGGUCACGCGCCAGUUCGAAUUAAAAGCUAGAUGCCGCAAACUGCUCAUCCAGAGCACCCUGCGGAACAAGAAAUCGCGCAACAACCGACUCAAGGCCUCCAGACAUCCAGCACCCCAAAAGAAGACCACAAAGACCAAGAAGCAAGUGGGCAGGCCAAGGAAGAAGGCUGCCAAGCAAAAGUGAUCGAGCAAUAAAAUGUCUAGUUACAGUUGUAA